AAACAUGUGUACAGCGCGUAUCUCUCACAUCUUUAUCGCAAGUGAUAUUAAAAAAAGAACACAUCGUAGCUUACAUUAAUUGUUGCCGCAACUUCUGUCGAUUAUCGCAAAUUCGUCAGGUAACGCGGUAAAAGUAUAAAACUCGAGGAAGACGCUGUAUCCGAGAUAAAAAUUGAUACAUAGUUUCGCAUUAAAACGCGGAGUUUGUACCAUUCGGAGUGCAAUAUAUUUUUUAAUUCAAAACACCGUUGCAGAUUCUACCUUGAAUAUAACGCAUCACAAGAAAUUUUAGUGCGUUACGAUGUCCUUCGGCGAUGUGGCAUUUUUAUUUGCGAUUUUACUUCUUGGGACUUACGAUGAUGCUCACGGACUCAUAAGACCAAAACAUGAUAAAGUUGUCGUUUGCUACGUUGCAUCCUGGGCAGCUUACAGGCAAGGAAAUGGAGCAUUUUCCUUAGAAAAUCUCCGUCCGGAACACUGUACCCAUUUAAUUUAUGCGUUUGCUGGUUUAAACGCUUCAAACUGGACGAUCAGAAGUCUCGAUCCUUGGACAGAUAUGGAAAAAGAUGGAAUAGGCAACUACAGAAAAAUGACCGCGUUCCGCAAACAAGGUCUAAAAGUAUCGCUGGGUAUUGGAGGAUGGAACGAAGGCAGCGCAAAUUAUUCGAUGAUGGCUUCGUCACCAGAUAGUAGAAGGAUUUUCAUCGCCAGCACCGUCGAAUUCCUCAAAAAGUACGGAUUCAACGGAUUGGACCUUGAUUGGGAAUUUCCUGGAAGUCGUGGUGGUGCUCCAUACGAUAAACAGAACUUCGUUAGUCUCGUAAAGGAACUAAAAAAUGCUUUUAGAGAACAUCAUCUUUCGUUAACCGCAGCUAUAAGCGCCGCCAAUUCCACUAUAAAGGCAGCGUAUAAUAUUCCUGAAAUUUCUAAAUAUCUCGAUUACAUUCAUGUAAUGGCAUACGAUUAUCAUGGAGCAUGGAACAAACAAGUUCUUCCCAAUUCACCAUUGCGAAGCAAGGAUCGAUUAGAUGUAGAACAUACCAUUACGUACCUGUUGCAACAAGGAGCUCCAGCCGAGAAACUAGUCUUAGGGCUGGCAAUGUAUGGAAGAACUUUCAUUCUUACAACUCAACCAGAAAUGUCUAAAAUAAAUCCAAUUGGCUUGCUUAGUUUGGAUACUGGAUUUAAAGGGCCUUAUACGUCCGAAGACGGCUUUAUGGGAUUUAAUGAGAUUUGCGAGGCUUUGGUAUUGUAUCCACAAGAUUGGACAACUGGGUGGGAUAAUGAGAGCAGCACAGCAUAUGCGAUUAAAAAGGACCAUGUUGUAGUUUACGAUGAUCGUAAAGCCAUGAUAGCUAAGGUGGAAUUUGCAAAGAGACAGAAGCUGGCGGGUGUUAUGGUAUGGAGUAUCGAUACGGACGAUUUUCGAGGCAUAUGCACAUCGCUGCACAGUGACAUAACUUUACUUGAUGGACGUGAUUAUCCUUUAAUGAAAUCUAUUAACAUAGCUUUGGCAGAUAAUACAAUACCAUUUGAAGGAAACCAACUUCCGAGUGCGUCGUGCAAGCUAUUGUUCACGUAUAUUUUGCUUGCGCUAACAGCAGCAAUAAUCUUUUACUUUUAUCAUUAAAUAACUCUUAUUAUCUCUAGAGAGAUUAUUUAUGUUAAUUUUUAUUUUAUACAGACUAAGUAAAUAAUUAAUAAUAAAUUAUAAAUAAUAAUAAAUAAUAAUAAAUAAUAAAUUUAUGUUUUAUAUAGGAAUAAGUAA